UACAUUUAACGUCGAUGUGUUAUGACGUCAUCGCGCAUUUAGCAUAUUUCCCUGAAAACACAUCGACGCAAUAGUUUGGAGAUUUACUUUAAUAGUGAGGCAAUUUCAUAGACUUCCAUAGAUUUAUGAUAUUAAAUCUUCACAGAAACUUGAUUGCAGGCCGUUUAGCGAGUUUUUUAUUUAGUGAUAUGUAGUAAACUAUCAUCACACGUGUGAUGUCAUGAUAUUUCACUGUUUAGCGAGGACGUUUGACCCUCGAAUACAACAAACCUGUUCACUGACGCGCGCUCGCAGGCGCACGCGCUCUACUGUGUGCGCAUGCGCAGUCCCCGCCUGCCCGCAGCAGCUCUGUCCGUGGCGGCUGCUGCUGUUUCUGUCCGCCGUACCGAAGAUCUCCCGUGUUUUUCCUCUCGCGUUCUCGCCUGCUGCCGCCGUCGUCGAUGCGUCUGAAUCCGUACGCCGGGCCCGCGCUGCUCGCUCCGAACGGGCGCUGAAGGCUCGUGUGACCCGUCACCGGGCGUUAUGCGCUCGGAUGAGGCCUACACGCUGAAGCUGUCCUGCUCUUCCUCAUCCUCCUCAUCCUCAGCGUGAUGGCAGAUGAUCAACAGCAGCAGCCCGGUGCUCUGGGAUCCCUGCAGAGCCCCGAGGCGACGGCGCUGCAGUACAACAAGAUCAAGAGCUCCAUUUGCAAAUCCGUACAAUCAAAAGUGGAAAGUAUAUUGCAAGAUGUUGAGAAGUUUACAGACAUUGAGAAACUCUACCUCUACCUCCAGUUGCCUUCUGGUCCCAGCAGUGUCCAUGAGAAAAGAACUGACACUCAGAGAGGUUCUGCGAGUCCUGCGACAUGUGACCAGAAUUCCAUGUCGUCCAGUCGGACUCAACAGAUGUACGCUUUCAAUUGGAUUCGAAAUCAUUUGGAAGAGCAUCCGGAAACCUCGCUGCCAAAACAAGAGGUGUACGAUGAAUACAAGAGUUACUGCGACAAUCUGGGAUACCAUCCGUUAAGCGCGGCUGAUUUUGGAAAGAUCAUGAAAAACGUUUUUCCGAACAUGAAGGCACGUCGCUUGGGCAUGAGAGGAAAAUCAAAGUACUGCUACAGCGGUCUGAGGAAGAAAGCGCUGGUGCACAUGCCGUCACUCCCUAACCUGGAUUUACACAAAGCCGGAGAUGGGUGUGAGUUGUUGGAGUCGACGGGUCAGUCUCCCAGCGCUGAGGACGAGAUGCGUUCAGCAGCAUGCGGUCUGGUGUGUGAAUGGGCCCAGAAGGUUCUGAGUCGUCAGUUUGACAGCGUGGAGGAACUGGCGCGAUUUCUGCUCAACAGUCACUAUAUCGGCACUAAGUCCAUGGCGGCUCUCACUGUUAUGACUGGAACCCCGACAGGAAUGAAAACCCCAACGCCGGCCUCUGCGUUUGUGCCAACCGGUGAAGCCAACGCGUUCCAGCCCCAAGUGAAGACCCUCCCUUCACCCUCUAUAGAUGCCAAACAGCAGCUACAGCGAAAGAUCCAGAAGAAACAGCAAGAACAGAAGCUCACCUCUCCUCUGCCCAUGGAUGCCCAGGCCAGACGGGCGGAGGCAGGGACACCCGGACCCGGGUCCAGUCUCACCUGUUCAAGUCCUGCGUUACUGUCCCCUCAGCCUACCAUAGGCAUUGUGGUCGCUGCUGUAUCAAGUCCCAUCACGGUUCAAAGAAACAGACAGCUAAUGACAUCUCCAAAUCCUGUUGGGGCAGCAGAGGGAAAAGUUGUACCUGUUAACUUCCAGGUCGUGACGCAACCUGUUAAGCAGUCUCCAAAAACACCCCAGAAUAUUUCUGCCAGCCCAGUAGGUGACAGGUUGGCGAGACACAGAUACGCCCAGAUAUUACCCAAGCCCUCAGCCACCAGCGCCAUUACCCUUCGCUCGCCCCCAACGCUCCUCAUCACCAACAGCCCCAUCAAGACGGUGAUGCCCACGUCUCACGUUAGCUCUGUAAACGUGGUCAAGAUGACGGCAAUAUCGCUAGCACCCAACAGUAGCAGCAACAGCAGUACUACUUCGACCUCACUGCGACCUGCCUCGGCUGGAAUCAGUAGCACAGUUUCCCAAGAAGAGACCCUGCAAGCUCAAAAUGGUGCGUCUGCUAUGACGUCCCAGGUACCAGGGGUCUGGAAAGCUGGACGUCCUUCCACGACCCUAACACCAUCUGCAUGCACCACCACCAGUGAGGUCAGAUUGACAUUCCAGGCUGUGAACGAGAGUAGCUCUGCUGUUGACAAACAAAGCACCGCGUCAGCGGCAAACACAGGACAAAAGAACGAACGAGCCACUAAAUUCAGGGCUUCCAGUGAACCGUCUCUCCUUAUCAAGGCGUCUCCUGUGCCUGAAAGAGUGACAAGGGCCAAGAGUGACUCUGCAACCCCUUCGAGUACAAUCAUGGGGGCCCUUGCCCCAAGCAGCAAUAACAACAACCAGCCAGAAAGCACCUUUUAUUUAACUGUUACCAACCAGAACGUAGAUGCUGAAUUGUCAUCCAUUGCCAGAGUGGCAACUGUAAGCACUUCUUUUAAAGAUGCCGCUCCGAAAAGCCCCCGAAAACGCUCCGCAUCUGUUCUGGAGACGCACACAAUCCCGGUUAAAAGGGUUUUCAUUUCCCAGCAACCUUUGGAUGUUAACGCCAAUCCCAAGCCAGGUCUCGUAAUAGCAGCUAAAAAGAUCCAGAGACCUGGAACGCCAGCGAGACCAGAGAGCGCUCCGUGCAAAGUGACCCUAAAACAUACCAGCUCCCUUCCAACUCAAAUCCUGGCUCUUUCCGAUACUCCCAUUGGAACUCUGAAUGCCUCUCUGACUGUUAAUCCUCAAAGCUAUUCACAAAUCAACAAUGAAGUUGCUGAUGAAACUGUCAGAACAGACCACUCCUUAUUUCAGCAGAUCAGCGAGCAUCAACAGGUUACCAGUGCGGUGUCUCAGGAGGCCUCUGUUGUAAGCGAACUCAAGAGCUCAUUGCAAGACUUCUCGCAACAGAUUCAAGCUGAACAUAAGCAGAUUGCAGCUAUUCAGUUACCGUUGAUGGCUCAGGCCGCAGAGGCGUCCAGUCAGCUCACUCUUCAGCAGGACAUUGUUGAUUUUGCAGGAGCUCAAGCUAGCAUGGACUAUUUCCCGUUCAACGAUGAUGAUAUGACCCAGGACAGUAUAGUGGAAGAGCUCGUACAGAUGGAGGAACAAAUGAAGUUGAAUAAUAGUUUGCAGUCUUACCUAAGUUGUGUGGACAUAUCUCUACAAGGUCAAGCUACAGUGGGUCAAGGAACGAUCCUGUCACCUCAUCAGACCGGUACACAGUUCUAUCACUCUUCGCAUAGUAGCGCCACACCGAUCCACACGCCUACACCGACGCCCACACCAACACCGACACCUACUCCAACUCCCACCUCCGAGAUGCUACCAGGGGGACAUAGCUUGACCAGAGAAAGCCCUUGUUCCAGACUAGCACCCGUUACCCCGGUGGACAGCAUCUUGGGUGGAAGGCAUACACCCAUCAGCACUCCCCUGUCAAACUGCAGCAGCAGCGUCCCCCCAAGCCCUGUUGAAUGCCGCAACCCCUUUGCGUUCACCCCGAUCAACUCCAACAUAACCGGUUACCACGAUACCAGCGUUGUGUCAAGCAGUCCAGUGAAACCCAUGCAAAGACCGAUGGCUACCCACCCUGAUAAAGCAAAGCUGGAGUGGAUCAACAACAGAUACAACAGCACUGCAGGGUCUCCUGUCAUCUCCAACACCACUACCAUUGGUAUCCUGCCCAGUUACCAAGAUCUAGUUGACGAUCACUUCCGCAAACCGCAUGCCUUCGCCAUCCCCGGUCAAUCCCUCCAGUCUCAGACAAGACAUCAGGAAGGGAAUCUGGGAAGGUUGACAACUGUGUCGCCAGUGCAACCAACUGCCAAGCAGGAAAGUUUUGCGGUCCCCGCUCCAUUAGACAACAAAGGGACAGGAAGCACAUCUACAUCGGGAGGUGGAACGUUCCGUUGUCGCAGCGUUAGCCCGGCGGUUCGGCAGCGGAAUCUUAGCGGCACCACCGCACAAACGGUCACCACCCCAAGGUCUGUUGUUUCUCCCUUCAACUUCCCCCUGACGUCCGAGGUCCUGAGCAUUCUCUCCAACAACCAAUCAGUGGCCAGCAGCUUAGCUCAGAGGAGCCAAUCAGUGCCGCUUAACAUCAUGAUGCAGUCUGAGCUACUUCCUGUCAGUCACCAGGUGCAACAUAACAACAGCACUAAGAUCACCACAGUGCUCCUUAGCAAGAUGGACACGGAUGGAGACGAUACAGUUCGAGGGCUGGGUGUAAACAACCUCCCCGCCAAUUACACGGCACGGAUGAAUUUGACGCAGAUCUUGGAGACAACGCAAGGCUUCCCCGGAGGUCCCAACUAUCAAAACCAGCAGCUGCCUCUGGAUCCAAGCCCUUCACCUUUUGAACUUUUGACCCAGAAGACGGGUUACCUCAUAACCACAGGGGAGGAGCAGGUCACCUUCUCCACAGACAACGGCCAAGCACAAUCAAGCUCUGGACUGCAGCAACAAGAAGAGCUUCAGCUUCAAGAACAACAGCUGGAGCUGCAAGAUCAACAGCUGCAACUUCAGAAUCAACAACUUCAACUUCAGGACCAACAGUUGCAGUUGUCCGAUCAACAACAGUUAGAUGAUCCAGAUCUCGCCCAACAGCACUUGUUGCCCCAGAGCUCCCAGCAAGAUGUUGAUAGGGAGCAGCUGGAUUUUAACACCACUGUCAAGGACCUUUUGGGAGAGGACGGUCUCAACCCCAGUUCACAGCUCGUCGGGCAGGUGGCGUCUGAACUCAGCGCCGUGGCCUCUGACUUCUCCAGCGAUAUCCGGUUGACCACCGACCUCUCCAGUAGCAUUAAUGACCUGAACACUUUGGACACCAACCUGCUGUUUGACCCCAGUCAACAGCAGGACCAAUAUGAAGAUGCCACACUGGAAGAACUGAAGAACGAUCCUCUGUUUCAACAGAUUUGCAGUGAUACUGUGAACUCGGCUGGUUUCGAUUGGCUGGAGAACAAAGACCAGCCGACCGUGGAAAUGUUGGGAUAAUGCGAUCACUUGUUCUUUUGUUGUUGAUGUCGUCGUCAUUAUAUUUAUGCUUUUGUUCUGUUUUUAUUGUGAAGUUUUGUGUAUCCUUUGCGUACAAAAAUGUUAAAUAACGUGUCUGUGCAGCAAAAAUCUGGACGUGGUCCAGUGUGUGAAGUGCCAGCCUUAUAGGCAUGUGCUUUUUCAACAUGUUUUACUGCUUAACAGGUCAUUGCAGUCAUUCUCCCUAUUCUGAAGUCAUUUCCAGCGGACGGUCGAAUAUUUCCUCUAUAUAGACGUCACUGCGUGCACAACCUAUUUGCUAGCGUAUCUUUUGAUUUCCUUUGCACUGUUUUAACGUCGUAGUGGACGUUGCGGACCCGCAUGCGUCAUUUCCUCUUGUAUUUCGACGAAAUGCAAUAUUCCAUGUGACAAAUCAUUGACUUUGAGGGAAACUUACUUCCUAGACAAACAGUUGUCUAAAUGUGUUAUCGGGGCCAGAUGGCACGUACGACAGAGGUGUGAAAUACCGCAUUUACAUAUCGUCAGUCGUCAGUUCAAUGAACUGCAGAGAUUUUAGGUGCUAAUUGGUGCUGACGUCAAGAAUCUCAUUUACUGAACCGUCGUUUGUUUUUGUCCAAAUAAAAAAGACGUUUUAAGGCCAUAACACUUGUACUGUUAAAUCGAAACCGUUGGGGAGGAAUGAAAUCUUUGCUGUAUUCGUUGUUGUUUUUUAAAAUUCAAAAUAGGAAGAAUCUGCCUUAUUUUUACAGUCCCUUUUAUUCCAUUUCAUCAAUAAGGUUUUUUUACUCUUAAAGCGCGCCAUGCGUUCCGUUUCUGGUUGCUAGGCAUUUGUAUGUCUGUCCAGCCAUCAUUUCAAACUGGUAGCUUCUUGUACCGUGUGGUAUGGUGACGGCUCGAUAUUCUUUCCAAGGAUGGGACAAACUUGAGAUGAAAUCUGUCUAGUUUCUCCGGCCUUAACUCCAUACCAAAGAGAAGCUGUUGAAGAACAAAACGAGAUGGCGAAUCCGUCGCUUGGUCCAUCUUUGGUUUCCCAUCAUCAGAAAGUGGUGGUUUGACGUCGUUGCGGUUGAAGGUCGUUCCUGAACUCUUAUUUGUGUAAAUUGUGUAUACGACAGACGUGUUGGAUGUACAGGUAAAUAUGGAGCGAAGAGCAUGUUGUAGAAGGCUGAAGGUUUCGGCUGUCGGUAGACGUUAAGAUAGUGCCGCAUUUGUAUAAAGGACAUCAUGAAAUUUCCAUGUUAUCAAGCCGCUGUAUAAUGGUGAUGAUUUGUAGCUAGAUGAGAGUGCCCUUACCGAAACAGAAGAUGCUGUUUAUAACGCAGCACGAUAGCUGGCCUGUUGCGUUCCUGGCUUUCUGUGAUGUACUAGUUGAUGCCGUGUCUUUUGAGUCUGUAGCUUGCUGAUGUUUUUUUUUUCUUGGGACUUUAUGGGUUCCUGCAUACGCAGAUGUGUCGUGUAAACCAAGAGGGAUAUUAUAGCAUGGAUUUAUUGAGAAAAAAAAAGAAAUUAGAUUCGACUUAAAAAUAAAAGCGUUCAUUUUAUUGUGACAUAGCUAAAUGUGAUGUGCCGCGACGAAUCGACGGAGCAGACACUGGAACGGAGUUGAAAUUCAGAAAACGUACAAACGUUCAUCUUAUUGCACUAAAAGAUUUCUUUGUUUUGUUUGUUUAUCACAUUUUAGUCUUCGUACGUGUUUUAAGGACAAAUUGGUGCCCGCGUUGUUGUUUUUUCCUUUUGAUGACAAAUAGCAAACGGGGAAUUACUCAUGACGCGAUCGACGAAUAAUUACCUUGUGUAGCAAUGAGCACUAAUCUCAAUGAGAUCCGCCGUGUACAACUUCUCAUACAUGAGAAUAAAAUAAGAAAACUAAAAAUGACGUGAGUUUAAAGUAACGCCGACAUGCUUCACGUUAUGAAAUGACUGUAUCUGCGCAUGUAUGUCAAACUCUCUAUGGUAGUAUUCGCUGCGAGCGCUCCCUUAACCAAUCAGAACGAGAGGUGACGCGACGGUAGUUCUUCAAAAGCUAUAUGCAUUUUAUGACGUUUACCAAGUUAAAAUGAGUCCGUUUCUGUUCGUGAAUGUUGUUUCUUUUUGUUCGUCUUUUUAACAUUUCUUUUUACAUAUAUCUUCAAUUUCCUCCAUUUUAUAUAUAUGUAUAUAUAUAUGAAAAAACAAAUGUCUUUAUGUGAAGAAAGCUGUAAAUAUUUUUUAUGUUGCGGCAUUUAUUAAUGCACUGAUUUUGUGUUGUUGUUAUAGGAUUAAGACAACAAUCCUUUUUUUGAUACGUGAGGGUUGAUGUUUAAAUGGUCAUCUGCUAGAGAAACGUCUUCAUUCUGUUCGUUCAGGACUGUAGAUUUCAGCCUCAGAUUUGCUGGUUUUCGCUCUUCGUGGACAGUAGCUUGUUAAUAUUGCAAAUGCGUUUCAGCGAUGUUUGUAUGUUUGUUUGUUUGUAUUUCUUUUUCUGUUUUUCCAAUGGAAAGUACUCACAGGUGAGAUUUUUUAAGUGGUUUUAAAAGCCAAUAAACAUUUUUUAA